AUGGAACCAAACAGUGCCAAUCUUUCUGUAUGCCAACAGAAUUCUGUGAAAGAACUCCUUAUCUUGGUUUGGGUGUGGCCUUUCGGACAACCUUUCCCAUUAGACAGAUGCCAGAAGGACUACAAUAUCACCGGAUGCAAAUUUACAGCAGACAGGGGUCUGUAUGAUACUGCUGAUGCUCUCAUUAUGCAUCACUUUGAUAUAAUGUAUAACAAAAAUGCUUUACCCCAAAAACCAAGACAUCGGUUUCAACGCUGGGUGUGGUUCAACUUGGAACCUCCGCUGAUUAUUAAAAACUUGCAUUAUCUGGACAAUCAGUUUAACAUGACCAUGACAUUUCGUAAAGAUUCUGAUGUUUUUGUUCCCUACGGUCAUGUUGAAAUAUUGAAGGAGAUUCAAAAUUUCACAAUUCCACCUAAGGCUAAACUAGUGUCUUGGGUUGUAAGUAAAUGGUAUCCAGGUAUCCCUCGUAUUUCAUAUUAUGAGGAACUGAAGAAAUAUAUCCAAAUUGAUAUUUACGGGAGUGGGCACAAACCACUCAGCUGGGCUGAUUUCAAAAAAACUAUCUCCCAGUAUAAAUUUUACUUGGCCUUUGAAAACUCAAUUUAUACAGAUUAUUUAACUGAGAAAAUAUGGUCCAAUGCAUUUGACUCAUGGGCUGUGCCUGUUGUGCUCGGGACAUCUCGCAAGAAUUAUGAGCGUUUUAUCCCCGGUGAUGCAUUUAUUCAUGUGGAUGACUUCUCAAGCCACAAGGAACUGGCUAAUUACCUAUUAAUGUUGGAUAAAGAUGAUGAGAAAUAUAAGAAAUAUUUUAACUGGAGAUCCUAUUAUCAGCCUAGAAUAAAUGGUGGAUGGCCACUUCUUUAUUGCAAAGCCUGUAGUGGAUUAAAGCAUGCUCCAGAAUAUCAAGUCAUUCCUAGUAUAGAAAAGUGGUUUUUGGAGAAAUCAUAG